AUGUUAAAAGGUUUAAAGAUCAUCAAUUCCACCGUGCACAUCGACCACGGAGUCUUCACUGCCCCAUCAGAGCUGACAUCCGCUCAACGCAGACAGCCAGAGAAGAACCGAGCAGACAUUGGGUUCAACGAUGGGGAAAAGGACUCUGGCCUGAAGGCAGAUGGGCAUUACCUUAUUCUGGAAAUGGUAACACACUGGAAUGCUGUAGACCAGGUGGUCAACAGGGAGAUGGCAUUUCAUUGCAAUGUCUAUGACCUGGAUUUUGGAGGUGAUGGCAAGUUAGAUUCACUUUGUGAAGAAGCCAGAAAAGCAGUGUUAAAUUCUUAA